CGCGCUAAUACGGAAGCAUGCCAAAAGGCCCAUUUGGACGACAAAGAGCCAUUCUAAGUUGCUGAGAACAUUUCCCACGAUCUGGCAGAGCAUCUUGCUGGCAGAGUUGUGCAUUUUCUCAAGAGGCGCGCAUCUCAGACCUCCUCUUCAGUGGUGCCCACUUUGGUAAAUCAUUGCCUUGAUCUGUGCUUUAUCCUGCCACGGAGAACAGGCUCCUGCAACAAGCUGGAGCCGGACUGACUGACGGCGAGCCGGCCAGAGCGCCUCGCAACUUCUCGCACACAGCCUUUCAUCAACGUCCUCUUCUGGAGGAGCGAUGUCUCGCUUUUACAAAGACCCCCGAGAAGACUGGCUCACUGUGUGUCUGAAAUACCUUCUCUUCAUGUUCAACUUCAUCUUCUGGGUGGGGGGGGCCGCGGUGAUGGCAGUGGGCAUCUGGACGCUGAUCGACAAGAGCGACUACAUAAGCCUGUUGGCCUCCAGCACCUUCGCUGUGUCUGCCUACAUUCUCAUCCUGGCUGGGGUCUUGGUCAUGGUCACAGGCUUCCUGGGGUGCUGUGCCGUCAUCCGUGAGCAGAGGACCUGCCUGUCCGUGUACUUCUCCUGCCUGUUACUGAUCUUCCUCAUCGAGCUCGUGGCUGGGGUCUUGGCCUACGUCUACUACCAACGGCUGAGCGACGAGCUGAAGCAGCACCUGAGCCGCACCAUGAUGGAAAACUACAGGCAGCCGGGGAAGGAACCUGUCACGCUGGCCGUCGACAGCCUCCAGCAGGACUUCAAGUGCUGCGGAAGCAACAGCUCCACCGACUGGCUGCUCAGCGCCUACGCGGCCUUGCCGGAUGCCGAGGGCAGGGUGGUCCCGGAUAGCUGCUGCAAGAGCGUGACUCCGCACUGUGGGCGGAGGGACCACCCCUCCAAUAUCUACAAGGUGGAGGGUGGCUGCAUCACCAAGCUCGAGCGGUUCCUCUCCGAUCACCUCUUGAUCAUUGGGGCAGUGGGAGUUGGGGUGGCCUGUCUGCAGCUGGCUGGAGCCCUCCUGACUGCCUGCUUUAUCUAUCUGCUCUAUAAAGAAGAGGAGGAGGACUUCUCGUACGUGUGAUUGUUCUGCCUGCGUGCGGGUCGGCACGACGGGGACGGGCCCAGGUCUGUGGAAUGAUUUUCUUACUCGUUGCCUGUACAGAAGAUCUAAGCUGGAUGCAUCCUGAAGAAUCCAGCACCUCAGGGCCACGAAUUACCUCCUGGUAUCGAUUGUCACGUUUCGAUUGAGCUUCUCGUCUGCACGUUUUUCUCCACCAUUGUGCUGUUCACUUAUUUAUCGCUUAAUAUUUAAUGAUGCCUUUUUAAAUAGCUCUUUGAGUGCUUAUAAAUAUCAGUGCUGGAUUCCAGUUUUUGCCCAAACUUGACUCGUCUUACCAACAGUGCCGAUCGGAAUAACGUGGUGACCGCAUUGCGGUUAAUGCCCAAAACCACAUUCUUUGUUGUUCAAAGAGGAUUCAGCAACCUAUGGUUGUGUAAUCAAAAGGUCCGACACAAGAACACAGGCAUGGAAAUAAGGGAAUGAAGUGUGUUUAUUUGAUGGCUACGUCUUGGCAAGCCUCAUGUGCGUGUUUAUUCGUUUUUAAUCACUAUCUGAGCUUUCAGUACAUGCUUAACAUUUCAAAAUUGAACGAUCAAAAGUGAAAUACGUAUUUCUAUUGCCGCAUUUUGUAGAUACUCGCAUUUGAUGUGCUGCUCUUUUCAUAUUUUACGGUUUGGUUUUUUUUUCCGUCACCCCAACUUUAACGGGAGGAUUUUCGAGGUUUUAAUCAGCUACAUAAGCCUUUCAUGUUAAUCACGAACAUUUGUGUUUGUUAGGGAAUAAAUACUAAACCAAAUUAAAUGAAUUUCUGGACAGGACCUGGAGAACAGUGAGUUCUGGAAGGUAAAAUUAAAGGCAGAACUGAAGUCCAGUAUCAGCACAACCUCAGCGAUGUCGGAGCGCACACUGGGUGCCGGCAGUGUGUUUAAAAUAUGCCGUAUUUGCCUCUUACCUGCCAGUUAGCUUCCUGCUAUCAGAGAAGUCAGGGCAUGUCAGUAAACACUGUGUCUGUACUUUGACAAGUACUGUAAGUGGAUUCUGAGGCUGGAGGCCUCGUGUUCCUGUUGGGGGACGGCCAAUGUGGCACGGAGGGUGAUAUGAUGGAGAUAACUCCGGAUGAGCAAAGUCCAGCCCCUCCCCAUUGGGGUGUAGAUGUGUGAGUGUGAUGCGUGACACUCUGCCCCCUCAGAAGAAUGACUUCAGUCUUGGGUUAAUAGCCAUGACACCUCAGUCGGUCCCUACAUCUUCUUCCACCCUGUAGGUCAUCUGGAUUCCUUUCCAAGGCUUUCGCUCCAUAAAACCCCCCCAUAAAGAGUUUUAAAGGCCCACUUCUGUGGCCACACAAAUCCCCUCUAUUCUCUUAUGGUGCCUAUACUGCUGUUCUCUGUCAUUUUCUUCAUGCUCUGAUUAAUUUGCGUCUCUCCACAGCCCCCAUCCCCCCCCCCCCCCCCCCGUCUCUGCCUCACUCCCUCCAUCUCAAAUUUAUAUUGAAACUACUUUAUCAGCAUGAACUACAUCUGUUGCCAAACCAUAGUGAUUUAUAUUCAUAAAAAUAAUAUCAAUAAACACAAUAAAAUGGAUUAUAUAUGUGUAAUAAAUAUAGUUGUGUAAUACAUAUAGUAUAAUUUACAUGUUAAUAAAAAUUAAAACCAGUAUGAAGUUGUUUAAUUGUCACUGUAUUCCUUGGGCUGUUACAGAAUUAGUUUUUUAUUUACAAUAUGUUAACAUUUUAGGUGGACUGAGCAUGUAGGUUAGAGCAGGUUAAUGAAGUAAUAAGCAAACAAGCCAGAUGCCAGAGAUCACUGCAGAGGAGCAAAAAAAAUUUAAAACAUUAUAUAAAAUGUAUUUUUACUGUUCUUUUCUGCCCUCUUGGCUUUUCUUUCUGAAGAACAUGGGAAUAGCUGAGAUGCUUUUGUAGAUUUUCACACUCUUGGCAUCAUUGGAUGCUUAUUCUGCUUAGAGUAGCAUUCCUUUGCUCCUCAAACCUUCUGUCCAAACCCAGUCCCCGGAAGGUCCUGGAAGAUGACGAUGUACUUCGCUACACUGCAGCCUGAUGCUAAAGAAUACCCAGCCCUCCCUGAAGAGUCCCUCUAUUACACAGCUGAUGGAGAAGGUCCCGGAAGGUGACGGUGUACUCCACCACAGUACAGCCUGAUACUGAAGAAUGCGCAGUCCUCCCUGAAGAGUCCCUCUAUUACACAGCUGAUGGAGAAGGUCCCGGAAGGUGACGGUGUACUCCACCACACUACAGCCUGGCGCUAAAGAAUACCCAGCCCUCCCCGAAGAGUCCCUCUAUUACACAGCUGAUGGAGAAGGUCCCGGAAGGUGACAGUGUACUCCACCACACUACAGCCUGAUGCUAAAGAAUACCCAGCCCUCCCUGAAGAGUCCCUCUAUUACACAGCUGAUGGAGAAGGUCCUGGAAGGUGACAGUGUACUCCACCACACUACAGCCUGAUGCUAAAGAAUACCCAGCCCUCCCUGAAGAGUCCCUCUAUUACACAGCUGAUGGAGAAGGUCCCGGAAGGUGACAGUGUACUCCACCACACUACAGCCUGAUGCUAAAGAAUACCCAGUCCUCCCUGAAGAGUCCCUCUAUUACAGAGCUGAUGGAGAAGGUCCCGGAAGGUGACGGUGUACUCCACCACACUACAGCCUGAUGCUAAAGAAUACCCAGUCCUCCCUGAAGAGUCCCUCUAUUACAGAGCUGAUGGAGAAGGUCCCGGAAGGUGACGGUGUACUCCACCACACUACAGCCUGAUGCUAAAGAAUACCCAGUCCUCCCUGAAGAGUCCCUCUAUUACAGAGCUGAUGGAGAAGGUCCCGGAAGGUGACGGUGUACUCCACCACAGUACAGCCUGAUACUGAAGAAUGCGCAGUCCUCCCUGAAGAGUCCGACUGAGAUGCACCAACUCCCUCGCAUUCCUUUUUAUUGCACCACCAGAAUGGUUUCUUUGCAGUGGUGUGGGUGUGUGGUGCAGACACAUGGCUCUUUCAGUCUGCAUCUCUGCAGCCAGACCAUGUACUGGCCCUGGCACCGAAGUCUUCACAGCACAGGGGAAGGAUGUUGGGAAAUAUCAAUCCAGUGCGGGCUGUGGAGAGUCAAAUAGCACACAGGUAUAAAUCACUGUCACACAGGCCAGUGUCUUAGCUUAUUUUUAGUCUUUGGGUGAUGGCCUUGUUGGACACUUGUGUGCUUGAUACCCCCCCAUGAUGUUCUGCUGCUUUCUGGUGUCUUCUUUCAGAAGCUGCUUUGUGUCCACGGAUGGUGCUUAACGAUACCUGAUU